AUGAAAUACUUUUUUUUUGGAAAUAGAUCAUCGAAGAAACAAAUAGAAUUGAUAAAGAAAAAAAAAACAUUUUGGUUUUGGAAAAGAGAAAAGAAGAAAAAGAAGUGAGCAGUAGGAAUAGGAUAGAAAAGGUACAAUUUGCGCACAAAGAUCUGAAUUGUUGAGAGAAGCUGAAGAAAGAAUUUGAGUGGUAUUGCAGGCGGUUGCAGCUCUGAUUUUGGAAAAAGAGCGAGAUGGCAUAUGAAUUAGAUGAGCAAAAAAAGGUUGGGUUAGGUCUCAUCGGAUUUGGCAUCCUUUUCACAUUUCUUGCCAUAAUUUUGUUCUUCGACAGGGGUUUACUUGCGCUGGCUAAUAUACUUUUGUUGGCAGGUGUAGCACUUCUCCUGGGUUUGCGUUCCACAUUACAGCUCUUCAAAGUAAACUACAAGGGCACAAUAUCAUUUAUGCUUGGUCUCUUCCUCAUAUUCAUUCGCUGGCCAGUUGCGGGUAUCAUUGUGGAAAUAUAUGGAUGCAUUGUUCUCUUCAGUUGUUUCUGGCCAUCCAUCAAGGUUUUUCUUUUCCAGAUUCCUGUAUUUGGAUGGAUUCUGCAGUAUCCUGCUCUGCUUCUUGACCGCUUUCAGAGCUAACUGAUCAAUCUGCUCCAGUUAUCCUGUUUGAUUCCUCAUCAUCUUUUGAUGAGUUUUUGUGCAAAGGAGGAAGACUAUACUGCGCUAGGACGCAUCAAAGUUGUUUGUCAUGUAAUUCAGAUUGCUGUCUCUUUGACCUUCAAAUGUAUAUUAUAUGUAGAUUAGAAUUAUCAUUAGUUCUUAACUAGCAAUUCUUGUUCUCAAGUUUUCAAAUGGUGUUAGCAUAUGUCAUACUGCCUUAAUAGACCAUUUUCAGAGUACAGUGUGAACUUUUGCUAGUCCCCACAGCAAUGUUGGAAGGUCUCUGACUACAAUUUAUAUAAGAAAGGAGAUUCUACUUA